AACACCUACGUGACUCAACAUUGCAGAUAUUCUCCUCCCUUACUAAACCGCAUGACUUGGUGUAUAUGUGUGGAAGGGGACUCGGUAGCAGGACUGCACAAAAUAAACAAAAGAGGCGGGGUUUGACCUUGCUAUCAAAACAUCUCUGUUUCAGGUGCCCGGAGAGAAACACGACUCACUACCGCCGCUCAUCAACAAAUAUUUUAUUCACAGAAUUCAAGCAGCAGUACAGAGAGCUUGAAGGAGGAUACGGGAAACUCACAUUAUGGUUGUUGACUGGAAAUACCAGGAAGAAUGAAACAAGAAAAAGCCGAAUAAGAGGAAUACAUUCCAUGUUUCAAAAACUUGGGUUCUAUUCGAAAGGAUUCGCUUUGGGAAUUCAAUCCAUUCUUGAUCCUAAUCACAUACUGCUUUAAAAAUCGUCCAUGAAAUCUCCUGCUUUUUUACCCUGGAACUGAUCUUUCAGGCCGGGAGUUGAAAGCGGCAGUCCUCGUUAGUACAAGUAAGCAAGUUAAAUGGAAGCAUUCUAAGGUGGAUACGAUUGAAAAAUAGUUUUGGAAACGCGUCAUUUGACCGUAUAAAGAUUUGAACGGGAUGUUAUUGCUACGAAGAUGAAGCUGGAGCCUGGGGAUCGUCCAGUCUCUGAUGUCAGGAGUUGCUGAGGAACCAGUGGCCAGGCGGGAGCCACAGCAGACAGGAGAAGCAGACAUCUGGGCAGAGAAGUUUGGAGUGGUCAAUACCGCCGACCGAAGUUGUCAUGGAGUUGGCCCGGAAAGGGCUGGUUGAGUGGAUCUCGGCUCCGGAGAAACGGCAAACAGAUCAUCAUCCGCCGAAAUGGAAUAAUCCAGAAUACUGACCAUGAUGCGUGUAUUUACGAUGAAAUCGAAACGCAACUGAGAGCACCAAAACAGUGGACUCCAGAUGAAUGGGACUGCAAUAUUUGAGCUUCCCUAUGGUUAAAGCUUUGUAUCCAAAACUGAAGGAUUCCUUAAUGUUUCAGUCCAAAGAAAAAACAUGAGAUGUAUUGGCUGCAGUGAGAGCGAAGUGUUAACAGUGCUGCAUGGUUCUCAGCAUUAACACAAUAAGGGCUUUUUCUUUUUGUUUUAGCUCCAACGAGAAUGAUUAUCAGCGAGAGAGCUCCAAAAACAUACAGCAGUGGUUUAGUAAACUUGAAUUGCUGUGCACGCCACUCGGAAGUUUGGGUUUUGGUACAAAGGACGACUUCCCAGUGUUUUUUUUUUUUUUAAUUUGUGGCUUUCAUUUGAGCCACUCCCAUAGGCAUUUGUUGGAAUUACUUUCCUUGCCCAGCCAGCUUGAUGCAUCAGAGGUAUCCUAAUGUUCAGUAAGAAAGCUGCUGGAGGAAAAAUAUUAAAAUUGCUGAGAUAUUUCAUUUGGAACACCAGCUCCUUUACAUCGCUUACUGUAGACUUGCUUUGCUGAGUGACUCUUCUUCACAAAGUCUAACUUUAAUCAAAUGGCAUGGGUCAAGUUCUUCAAGAAGCCUGGCGGCAAUCUUGGAAAAACCUACCAGCCUGGGAGCAUGCUUUCCCUUGCCCCGACGAAAGGCUUGUUAAACGAACCGGGACAGAACAGUUGCUUUCUCAACAGUGCUGUACAGGUGCUGUGGCACCUCGAUAUUUUCAGAAGAAGUUUAAGACAGUUGCCUGGGCAUGUUUGUCUUGAUGAUGCCUGUAUUUUUUGUGCUUUAAAGAGUAUUUUUAUCCAGUUUCAACACAGCAAAGAAAGAGCACUGCCUUCAGAUGUCUUGCGCAAUGCUCUAGCUGAAAGUUUCAAAGAUGAGCACAGAUUUCAGCUUGGGUUCAUGGACGAUGCUGCAGAAUGCUUUGAGAAUAUUCUUGAGAGGAUUCAUUUUCACAUAGUGCCUGAAUGUGAAAAAGAUAUGUGCACUUCCAAGUCAUGCAUUACCCACCAGAAGUUUGCAAUGACUUUGUACGAACAGAGCGUGUGUCGGAGUUGCGGGGCAUCGUCUGACCCUCUGCCUUUUACAGAGUUUGUGCAUUAUGUGUCUACAACAGCUCUCUGCAAUCAAGUUGACAAAAUGAUGGAGAGAAAUGAACGCCUUAAGUCAGACAUGUUUGGAGAAUUGCUGCAGGCAGCAAGUACUGUUGGGGACCUUAGGAACUGUCCGAGUACCUGUGGGCAGAGGAUUAAAAUCCGACGUGUGCUGAUGAACUGUCCCGAGAUUGUGACCAUUGGCUUCGUUUGGGACACAGAGAACUCUGAUCUCACUGAGGAGGUUAUUAGGUCUCUUGGGCCACAAAUAAAUCUCUCUGGGCUUUUCUACAGAGUCACAGAUGAGCAGGCGAAAAAGAGUGAACUGCACCUUGUUGGAAUGGUCUGCUACUCCAGUAGACACUACUGUGCCUUUGCUUAUCAUACUAAAUCUUCCAAGUGGGUCUUCUUUGAUGAUGCCACAGUUAAAGAAGUUGGAUCCAAAUGGAAAGAUGUGGUUACUAAAUGCAUACGAGGCCACUUCCAGCCACUUCUCCUUUUCUAUGCUAACCCUGAAGGAACAGCGGUAUCCACAGAGGAUGCACUCCAGCAGGCCACUUUGUGGUCUCAUUAUAAAUCUCCUCUAAAUGGUGAGUUUUCAGACGUAACAGCUAAAAAGUUAGUUCUUCCAAAAGAAAAUGGAAUUGGCCCAUUUUCAAACCAAAGCAACUUCAAACAGAAAUUGCAACAUAAUUCAAAUUCAGGAUUCAGCAGGGGGAAUGGACAAACAAGUGGUGUCCGAGGGCAAGUGAAAAUCAUCCCUGUUGAUCCUAAGAGUAAGCUCAGAGAAAUCUCCAAAGAAUGUGCACAGAAAGCAGGAGAGGUCAGAUCGCAGAAGAAGGAAUUUGAAAGAGGUCAGAGAAGACAGGACUCUGGUAGACACACAGAUAUGUUUGCAGACAGCAGGCCAUACUGUAAGUCUGCCUCACCACCUACAGAAAAUGGAUUUAAACAAUGUAUAGAUCAACGGUUGUACAGUAGCCAGGGAAAAGGGCCUUCCCGUCACGAAAGGACUUCCCACCAGGCCCGAUCUUCUCUUGAACCCAGGUUGCCAGCCAAUAGGGUACAGGUACUGCCAGGCCUCCCAACCCAAAGCAAGUCCCGGAAUGAGUUUACCAGUGGUUACGACACAGACAGCAGCCAGGAGUCUAGAGGGAGGAGCAGUGGGAGCCGGAGCAAGAGCAGAGCCUGGAAGCCCAUACGAGAAACUCUCAAUGUCGACAGUAUUUUCAAUGUGACUGAAAAACAGCCGCACAGCCCAAGACGCAAGCUCCCGAAUGAAAGUGAGAGCACGCAGUACAACAGAGAGCACCUCUUUAACCACUGGCCGAAGGAGGAACGGAAGCAGAACAGUCUAAUGACCAUCUACGAGGAUGAGCUGAAACAGGAAACAGGAAGCAGGAGCUCGCUGGAAUCCGAAGGCAAAGGGAACCCUGACAAAGAAAAAACAAAGGGUGGGGUGAACCUUAAGAUCCGCAAUGACAACUGCCAGAUGCAGAGGACUGAAUCUGGGUAUGAGAGCAGCGAAAGACUAAGCAAUGGCUCCACUACCCUUGACUCUCCCGUUGUAGAAAACUUUAGUUCUAAGGAGCUGAAAUGCAUUCCAGAGGCUGAGCUUUCCAGGGACCAACUCCAGCCAAUGAGAUCUGAUGAUUUUAAGACUGACAACAUGCAUUACUCCAUUUCUUAUGGUGCUUCGGAGAAGGAUUACAAUCCUCAAGAUAUAUACUUGCAGAAACCUUGCUCGCAAAGAAGACAUGCAUUCAGAAAAAAUGCUGAACAUACUGGAAGGACCUUUUUGUCUGCUGCAGAUCCAGUGUUCUUGGAAGAAAUAAGAUCAGAAGGGGAAAAUGAUGGAAGUUAUAAAUAUAGCAACACCUCACACCUGCAGUAUGGAGAGAAAACAAGCAGCACAGAUUGGAACAGUGCAGAUGUGCCGUCAGACUCUGAGUACACAGGUAGUGAAAAAAAUGAAACUGCAAGUCCUACUUUUGGACACCCCCAGCAUAAGGACAUAAGGACUGCUGUGCCUGGAACUGAUGCUACAUAUACAGUAUGUAGUGUGCCUAGCAGCCACUCAGAGUUCAGUCCAGUUCAGAUGCAUGAAGGACAAAUUGCCACUUAUGGUUUACACAAGAAUGAGAACUAUGAUGUGUCACAAUCCCUCUAUCAAAAUGUUGGGCCACCGCUGCCUCCAAAGAAAUAUGCACAAAAAAAAUGUGUGUAUUCUGAAGAUAGGAGGUCAGCAUUCAACACAAGACCAUCAUCAGUGGACCCUUUACAAACUAAUCCUUAUGACACAUCCAAAAUUUUAAGAACACCUCCGCAGAAAUAUAAGUUUGAAGAUAGCCGCCUAUUAAACCACAAAUGGUCUGAGGUGACAGUACAACCGAAGCAGUCUAAAUCUGGGUUUUCCAGUCAGGAGAGGUUGGAUUUGUCUGAAACUGUCACCGACAACAAACCAAAACCUACUGCCAAUUCUAAGGGAUCAAGUGAAGGUGUUCUGCCGACUACAUAUUUUUCUGUAGACAGCUGUAUGACGGACACUUACAGGACAAAAUACCAUCAUCAGAGGUCCCCACUGUACAUGAAAGAUGUCAGGGGUUGGAGGGUUGGAGGAGAACAAACCUUUUCUAGUGAGAGUGGAUUAGGCGAUGGGAGCCACCCAGGUCGUCAUGAGCAUCAUGAAACAGGCUAUGCAAUGAACAAACCAACUGCAAAAUGGAAUCUAGUGACUCCUAGAGGAAUGAACGAACAGGGCUAUUUGUGAGGGGGACUGGACUUUUGAAAGAUAAAACAAUACAUGAAGAGGGAAUUGAAAACAAGAGGAGUGUUAAUAUUAACCGUUUUGUGCCAGAAACUUUUUUUUUUUUUAUUGUUAAGCAUAAUUUCUUUGUAAAACAAACAGUCUUCAAGAAUAACUAACAAUAGUUGGUGACAUUGCAUUUUCUAUGGCUGUAUCUCUUUGUUUGAAAAAACACUGUUAAAAACAUUUUCCCAGUAGAGGGCAGUGUAAUACAUUCUAUUGCUAAGCCCCAAGCAAAACAAACUAUAUUACAGGACUGAAAAUGUAUGACAAGCACUUCCAUACAAAAAUAUAAUUCCUAUAUUUUUUAGUGGCUUAAACCAUUUUCUUUAUUUUUUAUAAAUUUAGUUGUUGCCAAUUAUUUUUUAUUAUUUUCUCCCCAAUUUGGAAUAGCCAAUUAUUUUUAGGCUCAGCUCACCACUACCACCCCUGCGCUGACUAAGACGAACACAAACUCUGUCCUCCGAAGCGUGUACCGUCAGCCGACCGCUUUUUUUUCACACUGCGGACUCACCAUGCAGCCACCCAAGAGCUACAGCGUCGGAGGACAACGCAGCUCUUGGGCAGCUUACAAGCAAGCCCGCAGGCGCCCGGCCAGACCACAGGGGUCGCUGGUGCGCGGUGAACUAAGGACACCCUGUCCGACCUAACCCUCCCUCCCCCCGGGCGGCGCGCGGCCAAUUGAGCGCCGCCCCCUGGAAGCUCCCGUCCUUGGUCGGCAAAGGAAUAGCCUGGACUCGAACUCAAGGUAUAGGGCACAUCCUGCACUCCACACGGAGCGCCUUUACUGGAUGCGCCUCUCGGGAGCCCCGGCUUAAACCAUUUUAAUGUGCUUGAAGAAUUAUUUUAUAGCAACAUUUACUUUUUUUUUUACAUUGACAGAGAUAUGAAAGUUAAAGUAAAAAUAAUGUAUUUAAAAUUUCAGUUUGUCAAAAUGCUUUGUCUAACACAAAAGUUGCAAAUUACAGUAGAUGUGACCUUUUUAUAUAUGUUGUAUUAAUAACUAUUCAUAAUAUUUAUUUUAUUGAUAUCUCAGCAAUAACACCAUGUAAAAACAAUUAUUUCUAUACAACAAUUCUAUACAAUGUGCUAAAAAGAAACUGUUUCCAUUAAUUUAUUAACACACUAGUAAAACAUAACAACUGACCACUAAAAUAUAAAUAGAGAGUUACUUUAUUUUUCUCCCAGCGAAUACAAGAGCUCAAACCUGGCAGUUAUUUUAUUGCAUACUACCAAAAUGUCCUGUUCCAUUGAUAAGGGUAAUUAAAUGUCUUAAUGUUAUAGAUUGAACUUUGUUUGAGGUUAUCUAUAUAUGUGUGUGUGUGUAUAUAGUACUCUACUUCUACAACUUUGCCAUUUUAAAUUGCAAGCACAUUGUCUAAUAGGUAACCAAAACACUUUUCUAACCUGUGGUAUUCUAUAUAUUUAGCUAGCAAUUUCUAAUAUAGAUUGCAUUUAUAAAUAGCUAAGCUGUUCCACAGUGCCUUUCUAUUUUUAUAUGUAAAAUGAUGGAGCUGUAAAAAAAAGUUUGAUUCUUUGUGCAAUAUGAACGAUUUCUGAGGUUUUAUAACAUAACUACAAUUUUUUUUUGUAAAUUUGAAUUACACUUGAAAUUGAAUAAAUAACAUUCAGUACUCUU